AUGGAUGAAGCUGAACUCAAUGCUAUAAGACAGGCCAGGCUUGCAGAGCUCCAGAAGAACUCGGGCCAGCAGUCAGCCCCCGGCCAGGAAGAGAAAAUCUCUGUGCUUUCGCAGGUGCUUGAGCCCAGCGCCAGAGAACGCUUGUCUCGAGUGAGAAUUGUCCGUCCAGACAGAGCCGAUGCCGUGGAGCAGUACCUCGUGAAGAUGAUUCAGAUGGGGUCGAUCCGUAGAAAGUUGGGCGAGCAAGAUAUUGUGGAGAUUUUAGAGUCGCUCUCGAGAGACGAGAAGAAGACACUGGCGAGCCAGAUUGUGUUUGACCGGAAGCGUGCUGAUCUCGACGAUGAAGAUGACGAUGAUUUCUUUGAUUGA